CUCAGGUUACAAGAGAAGAAGACACGCGAUCUCGACAACGACAUAGCAAUGUUUCUUUGCUCACCGCCUUCCUGUUGUACGUCCUCGUGAAUUCUUGCGGUCAUCGGACUGUCCUGUAUGUGUUUGCGUGUUAUCUGAGUCCAGAGAGGGAGGACGUCUCGUUCAGGGCCAUAAACCGCUCCAGAGAGCAGCGUUUGAUCUCGAGUGGCGACGUGUACAGGAACUGCGUGAUGAGCUGCACAUAAACAGACCGCUCAAGCUGCUUUAAAUACAGCAGGUCACCGGGGGCUGUUCAUUCAUCUGAUAUUUUACUUUAGGAAAGGAUCGUUCAAGCGCACAGCAGUAAAACCAUGUUUAACCAGAGAAGAUCUCAGCCUGGAUGCCUGUGCGCCUCAGCUUUGGCAGUAUUUGCGAUUUUGGCUUUGAAUGUUCAGGCCAGGCCAGCAAAUAUAUCAGCGUUAAAAGACAAACACCCCAACAGCAAAGAGGACAAUGAGAUCCUUCCACCUGACCAUCUGAACGGUCUGAAGAUGGAAAUGGACGGUCACCUCAAUAAAGACUUUCAUCAGGAGGUGUUUCUGGGGAAGGAGAUGGAGGAAUUUGAGGAGGACUCGGAGCCCAGGAGGAACAGGAAGAAACUUAUUGAAAUCUUCACCAAGGUGGAUAUUAAUAAAGACAGGAGUGUCAGUGCUAAAGAAAUGCAGCGUUGGAUAAUGGAGAAGACGGAAGAACAUUUUCAGGAGGCUGUUAAAGAAAAUAAGCUCAGUUUUCUUGCUGUGGACCCUGAUGGGGAUGGACAUGUUACUUGGGAUGAAUACCGUGUGAAGUUUUUGGCCAGCAAAGGUUUUAAUGAAAAAGAAGUAGCUGUUAAGAUAAAAAACCAUGAAGAACUGAAAGUGGAUGAAGAAACUCAGGAGGUUUUGGAGAGCUUGAAGGAUCGCUGGUUCCAGGCAGAUAACCCUCCAGCUGACCAGCUGCUGAAUGAAGAGGAGUUCCUCUCGUUCCUGCAUCCAGAGCACAGCAGAGGCAUGCUGAGAUACAUGGUCAAGGAGAUCGUCCGAGAUCUUGAUCAAGAUGGAAAUGGAAAGUUGACUCUUGCUGAAUUUAUCUCCCUCCCCAUGGGAACUGUGGAGAAUCAGCAGGCACAAGACAUCGAUGACGAUUGGGUUCGUGAAAGGAAGAAGGAGUUUGAAGAAGUCAUUGACUCGAACCAUGAUAUGAUUGUAACCAUGGAGGAGCUGGAGGAAUACAUGGAUCCUAUGAAUGAGUACAAUGCCCUGAAUGAAGCCAAGCAGAUGAUUGCUGUGGCAGAUGAGAACCAAAACCACAACCUGGAACUAGAGGAGAUCCUUAAAUACAGCGAGUACUUCACUGGCAGCAAACUCAUGGACUAUGCCCGUAACGUGCAUGAGGAGUUCUAAGACGGUCUCCUCAAGUCUUUAUGAAUAAGAAGAGCAUGUAUAUAUCCCUAAAGUGUCACAAGGAUGAUCAUUGCUUGCUUCCCAGACUGCGAUCAACAAGUGCAUUCGGACAUGUUUGUAAAUGUACAACUUCAUGCCACAAAACCCUCUCUAAUGUUGCAAUGUUCAGCUAUGACACAUUAUUAGGACUUUGCCUUCAUAAUGUCAUAAACGUGAUUUCCAUUUCAGUCCCAUAAAGUUCCAUAUAAAUAAUUUUAGACAGUGCUACUUUCAUCAAGUUUUUGAGUGUUGGUAAUUGAGAAAUGUCUGUAUAUGAGGAAUUUGUGAGGGGAAAGACUCUUUUCCACACGAAGUUGAAAUCUAUAUAUAUAUGUAAAUAAUGCAGUUGUUUGAAGUGCCAUAAUAUAUAAAUGCAUUCACAUUUUGGGUGGGUUGCUAUUGACAGGCUUUGAGCUUCCUGAAAAGUGUAAUUGCCAAAGAUGACGAGCCAGCAAAAUGAUUUAGGGUUGUAGUUUUGUGAAAACUAUCAUACAGGCCUAUAUCUAGCACUUUUAUUUGAGAUCUCAUCAUUAAAUGCUAAAAUGCAUUGGAAAUAGUCUAUUUAAGAUAUCAUAAUUGAGUUCUAAUUAAUCCGACCAGAUGUGACCUAUUUGCACACUGAACUGUUUAUAAGAAAGUAGUCAUAAUUGUAUAUAGCCUGCAUAUUUUUAUUACUUUUAAGAAUUCAGUUCACCCUGUUACCUCAGCAGUCUCCUUCAGUCAGAUGUUAGUAUAAUAGAGCAUAUUAUUCCUGACAUUUGUAUUGAUAUUGAUGUUUCUCCAUUGACAUCUCUAUUGUAAGAAGUCAUUCAAAAUGAUUCAAUUUAAACAUAAGAUAAAUGCUUUGAGAGGAUUUAUAUUAUUAGGAACUAUAAGUCACCCUUUUUAAAAUGCUAUUAAAAAUGGAAGGAACGAUAUUUAUUUUCUGGAUUUGAGUAAUUGGAUUUAAAUACAGAUUUGCCUUAAAAAGAUUAAGCUAAUGUGUCUAUUGAUUGUGUGUGUGUAGAUAUUUGAGCUCUAGUUUUGGUGGUAAUCAUUUUUGAGCAUGCUUUGGUAAUCAUUUAAGAUAUACAAUUUACGUUUUUCUGUACGAAUUGUAACUCUGGCCUUUUGGAAAUUUUUUUGUUCUUGAUUUUUAAUGUGUGUUUACUGUAUGUUAGAAUAUGACCUGCUAAUUUGUUCACAAUUAUCUUUGUUCAUUGACUGAUCAUGUAUUACAUUCAUCCUGUGGAAAUUAAAGUAAAUGCUUAAAGUAAAAAAAAAAAAAAA